GAGUGCGGACGCCACACAUCAAUGUCUCGAUGGUCUUCAACUCUGUCCUGCGAAAUGGCGAUGUAAUCAUUGUCACUCCGCCACCAGGCUUUGACCUCCUUUCCGAAGACGGCGGAUGCCGAGACUUCCAAUGGAUUGGAACCUUUCGACCACUUGUUCUCUCGCCUCCCCCGGCCUGCAACUGCACAAUGACACCCUUGCAGUGCAAGCUUGAGUUGAAUGUCAUGGAGAGCAGCCAGUUCCGCGGCCUUGCUCUGGGCGAGCAGGUCAGAAUUGCUUUCGAAAUGAGCGUGACAAACCCCGUGAUGACGCCGGACAUAGUGGAGGACUACUGGCGGAUGGAGCUAUGGCACGGAACCAGUCCUCCAUAUCCUUUCAGUGGAGGGCUGGCUGAGAGCUGGCCCGUCUACGGAACACUAGACAACUUGACAGUCUCUCUGGUGGGCUUCGCGAGACGUGCGGGUGCUAUGAGCGAUCUACGUUUCGAUUUCGUUCCGAGUGUCUGGGGCACAGCAUUGGACAUCGUGGUCCAUGAGCCCACGGGGUUCCAGUUCCAGAACGCACGCGUCAACGCACCAUGGAUUCGACAUGAGCUCACAACGGGAAGCCGGCUGGUCCUCAUCGGCUCCUCGGCUCGGCCACCGGAACUGUAG